AUAACAACAGUUACCAUAACAACAUAACAACAGGUUGCUGCUCUUUAGAAGAGAGAAAUGACUGAAAACACCGGUUUGGAAAAGCUAGAUGUCGGUGCAUUAAGCCCGGAACAGCAAGAAAAACUCCGACAAUUCAAGAUAAAAACUAGAAUCUCCAAUGAAAAAUACUUGAGAGCUCACCCAGAAGUGGAAGUUUUACUGAGCGAAUUUUUAAGAAGCCUGUUCUUCAAAAGGCCAGUUGAUAUUUGCGAGUUUGCAGCAGAUUACUUCACGGAUCCAAAUCUGCCAAGAACAGUCCAUACCAAACUUCAAGAUAAUCUUGAAUAAUUCAUUUGAAUAAAUACACAAUAUUGAUAAAAUUGUUCAGUGGUUUAUCAAGAAUGUGGGCUCUCUGAAGCAUAUAUAGACACUGCUUUGUCAAACUUUUACUACAAGAAAAUAUUAGAAACACUUAAAACAAAUGUAACUGACUGGUUUUCAGUAGUGUAUCGCUUGUUUUCAGUAGUGUAUCGCUUGCAGUAACAUUAUUUAGCCACAAAGGUUGAAAUUAUAUCAGGUCUGCUUUAGUGCAUUGACAUUCACUUUGUGUGAAUUCUGUUUACUAAUGUCAGAACUUGAUUUGCUCGUGGCCUCUCUUGAUUGUGUCUUAAUAAACUAAAUGAUACUUACUUGUCUGUCUUGUCCCAGAUGAGUUUGUAAGUGGUUUAAUACACUGUCCGCUCCUCAUUUCAAUCUUCUGUUGUAUCGUAAUCACAACUGAUGUCAUAAUUUUUGAUAAAUAUUUUUAAGGUUGUAAUGGCUAGAAAGGCACAGCUAACAAUUGAACAGAGGGCUCAAAUUAAAAUUUUGAGUGAAGAAGGGUUCUCUCAUCACCAAAUAGCCAGGAAGUUAAAUAUUUCUAAGCAUGGAGUGCUCUUCUGUUUACAGAGAAAACGGUUGACAGGAAGCAACAGUGACCAGAAACAGUCUGGGGCAAGGAAAGUGAGAUCAGAGGCUGAAGAUCAACACUUACGUUCCAAUGACUCGCCCGGCAGCAACCGGGAAAGCAGUCUUUGAGUUCCAGGGGGAGUAUGGCUGCAAAGCUGAAACUUAACAAGAAAAAGAGACUACUAUAGCCAAAAAACACAAACUGGAGUAUUUGGGACUGGGAGCAGGUCUCGUGGACAGACGGACGUUCAUCCAUGGGCCCAGUUGGAGAGAAAAGUUUAAAAUGAGUCUAGCAAAUGAGACAGAACUGUUUGUAUCCUCGACGGUACCGGGAGGGUUUGGAUACAAGUUAUUUCCAAAAAUUGCUGGAAAGGAGGCUGUGAAUCUGUGCUGCUGUAAUAAAGGCAAGUUAUUUUGAUGAAACUCAUACUUGCAGCUAUUAAAUUGCACUUA